AUCACGUGUUUGUUAUUGGCCAAGAUAGUGCAAAAGGCAUUGUUGACAAAUUGAAAGUUCUCGCGGAAUAUUUUCUCACGGAAUAUUUCCCAAUAUUGGUUAAUCCAUUCCCCCGCAAAAGUGAUAAAAGUUCCUCUGUGUAAAUUAUUUUAUGACUGUACUUUUCAAGCGCACGGACUGAAUAUGAAGGCGCCGGUACUUCCGAUGCUUUUGGGGAUAUCCCUGUGUGGCAUCAGCGGAGCCCUGCUGUAUGUCUAUCUCAGGAAACGCCGUGACGAAAGGAAGCCGGUGAAUGGGGCAAAAGCACAAAGUCGGGAGGAGGAGAGAGCAUCAGCGAUGGUGAGUAUUGAGAUUGUGGUGAGGAAUGAUGUGGUUCCGCUGUUGGUGGGUCGUGAGGGGGGAAGUUUGCGGGCCAUUGAGGACAAGACAAAAACCAAGAUUGCCUUCCGUGAGAAAGAUGACAGCAAUCAGACGUGCACAAUUCAGGGCAGUCCGGAAGCCGUGAAGGAUGCCCAGAAGAUUGUGAAGCAACUGGCAUCGAGGCCAUCAACGGUAGUGGAGAAGAUUCCUGUGCCCCAGAGUGCCUGCGGGAAGAUUAUUGGUCGCUGUGGGGAGGCUCUGCAGGAGAUCACGAGGAAAUCCCAGGCUAAAGUGUCUGUGGAGUCGGGAGAUCGAGGAGAUGGCUCAAGGAGAAUUGUACUGAUCACUGGGACUCAGGCCCAAGUAAAUACGGCCAAGUUGUUGAUAGAGGAAAAGGUGCAGGAAGAUGCUGAAGCCAGACGAUUGAUGGAGGAGACUCAGGCCAAAAGGGAACCACGACUGAAUCACCGAGGAGGCAGCAGCAACAGUAGCAAUUCUUCUCUGUCUCCCAAGGAAGUCAUCCCGCCCAAAGCUGAAAAACUCCGUUCGACAAAUUCUGACGGCCAGAUGGAAGUCUACGUGUCAGCCAUUUCCUCCCCAGGAAAAUUCUGGGUUCAGAUGAUUGGACCACAGUGCGCAGAACUGGAUCAUCUGGUGACCACAAUGACAGACUACUACGAUCAGAAGGCCAAUCAGGAGCUCCAUAGAAUCCGGGAGCCGUACCUGGGCCAAAUUGUUGCGGCUGUCUUCAAAUGGGACAGUAAAUGGUAUCGAGCCGAAGUUGUAGCCAUCCUGCCCAAUGAAUUCAACGACGGUAAGGUCGUCCUGGACAUUUACUUCCUGGACUACGGGGACAGUGCCUACGUGGAGACCAGUGAAGUGUAUCAACUGCGACCGGACUUCCUCACCCUUCGCUUUCAGGCCAUUGAAUGCUUCCUGGCCAAUGUAAAGCCAGCAUCAAUUGACAACAGUCCUCAGUGGAAUGCCAGAGCGAUCGAACGCUUCGAGGAACUCACUCAUGUGGCACAGUGGAAGAAACUCCUGUCCCGUGUGGUUAGUUACAGAGAAAAAAAUCCCACUGAGGGCACAGUCAAACGAGAGGGCUCUCCAGUUCCCGGAGUGGAACUUUUUGACACAACCGAAGACGGAGGGGACAUCAAUGUGGGCGCAGAAUUGGUAGCUGAAGGACUAGCCACCACAAUUGACAGAUACAGUGAACCAGAACUACCUGCAGCAUCCCCCAAGCAAAUGCCCCAAGCUCCUCCGCCACCGAGCCCUCCCAGACGAGAAAACAACGACCUAAAUGGACACAGCACUCCCCCUGCAAAAUCCACCAACCGGGACGAUACCCUGCGAUUCCUCAGUGCCGAGCGAUUGCAAAGAAAUAAUAAAGUUGCAAAUGGAGUCAGCGGAAAGACAUAAGAAAAAACAGCAGCUUCUGCAUCAUUUUCUGCCAUAACACUGCGAAAUUUGAGCUCUUUUUAUCUUUUGUUGAAGUAUAAAUCCCACAUAAAAUCCAAGCAACCCUUGGAGCAUUUUUUAACCCUUUCCGGACCGCAGCAUAUGCUGCAAGCCAAUUUCACAAUUUUUUAAUCAAAAAUAUUUAAGCUCAGGAAUUAAUUGAGGUCCUACAAAAAAUAUUUCACAUUUGGACAUCCUUAAAAACAUUGUUUUUCAUAGAAUAUUCAUAUGCUUCUUUGGGUACUCAGAGUCCCAAAAGAGACGAAAGAGUUAAACCUUCAUUUACUCUAAGUACACCGCAACGCUGUAAAAAGAAAAUGUUCCGAAUACUUAAAAAAAUACAUUUAUUUUGAUAAAAUUUAAACAACCAGUAUUUAAGUCCAGGGAUUUUCUGUUUGAGAGAUUUCACUUAUUUUUUUGUGUUGAUGUUAAAAUGUGUUGAAGUUAAAAUUUGUAUUUGAGAAGACGUGCCAAAUUUAUCUUUGAAAAAAAAAACUCUUAAGUAAUCAUGAUCAAAUUCAUUAAUGUGUGAAUUUUUAUUUUUAACUUAAUAUUUUUAAAAGCAUUGUUUCUAUUUUUGGAAAUUCUAUUUUAAAAAACAAAAUGUGUUACAUGAAAAUGGCUAUGAAACUUAUGAUUGAAAAUCUAUGAUCCUAUUGAUGAAAAAAAAGGGCAAAUAAUGGAAUUUUUAAUAAAGAAAAUAAAAUUAAAA